GUGACUGUUAUGACCUUAUUAGUUAUUCUUCUCCUUCUUCUUGUUCUUUUUCUUCUAUUCUUGUGUACAGUCCAUCCAUUAGUCGAAGUCAUUUAAUUUCAAAUGGAAGAAUUGCUGAUGCACUCGUUGACGCAGGUCACGAUGUUGUUAUGUUCAUUACUGAAUAUGAACCAUUAACUGAAUUCACUGGAACUAAGAAGGCUAAAGUUAUCACUAUGAAAGGAUUUAGUGAGAAGCACAAUGAUAAUUCAAUGGACGAUAUUGGGGAGUACCUUAUUACUAAUCCAAGAGCAAAUUUUUUGGAAAGGAUUAUGUACGAAAAAUGGUUCUCUGAUAUUUGUGAUGAUUUAAUGGCGAGACGCGAGGAAUUAGAACAACUGAGAGCUUACAACUUCGACGUGGCAUUCAGUGAACAAAUUGAUUUGUGUGGAGUUAGAAUUGUCAGAUAUCUUGGAAUUAAAAAUCAUUUAUGGAUUUCAACUACACCAAUUAUGGAUGCAGUCAGUUAUAAUUUGGGAAUUCCAGCACCAAGUUCGUAUGUUCCAACAAUCGAAGAAAAUGACAAUGGUGAUAAGAUGGAUUUUUGGCAGAGAACUUUCAGCUUGUAUAUGAAAAUUGGAGCUAUCCUUAUUCAUAGAUAUGCAACUGAUAGCACAACAGAGGUUUUUCGUAAGUACAUCCCAGACUUCCCAAAUGUCAGAGAAAUCGCUGCAAACUCUUCACUUUGCUUUGUAAAUUCCGAUGAAGUACUUGACUUACCAAGGCUUACUAUUACUAAAACUAUUUAUGUUGGUGGUCUAGGGACUCCGAACAUAAGCCAACAUUUGGACAAUGUAUUUGCCAAAAUAAUGUCCAAAGGAAAACGAGGUGUUAUAAUAAUAUCGCUAGGAUCAUUUGUGCAAUUCGGAGAUUUUCCAGUUAAUAUUAAAAAAGAAGUGUUCCGUGCAAUUAGUGAAUUGUCAGAAUAUCAUUUCCUAAUUAAAAUUUCCAAAGAUGACACGAACACUAAAACGUUGACCAAAGAAAUAUCCAAUGUUGAUCUUGUUCAUUGGUUUCCACAAGUUGAUCUUCUCUCCAAUCCAAGAUUGAAACUUUUUAUAAUGCAUGGAGGAAUUAAUGGAUUAGUUGAAAAGUUCUUUUGAAAUGGGAUGUUGGCUAGCGAUCGUUUAAAGACACAGUUUGGGCAGUUUUAAAAACUCCAAGUUACAAGAAAAAUGCGAUAAGAAUUGGAAAAAUGAUGAGGGACAAGCCAUUCAGUCCAGAAGAACGCCUUACAAAAUGGACACAAUUUGCAAUUGAUCAUGGCGUUUUGGAAGAGUUACACGUGGAAGGAUCAAGAUUAAAUACAAUUAUCAUUUACUAUAUAUAAAGCGCUUAUUCCGUUUGUCCAUAGUUUGUAGUCUAUGUAGUCUUUGUAGUCUGCGAAGUUUUAGCUUCUGGAGGGAUAGUGAGUUGGGAUUAGUGUAGGGAUAUAGUCGGGGUACUGUAGUGGUACAAUGGUGGUACGUAGGAGUACUGUAUGAUUACGGUAGUUUCAGAAAAAUUGGUUUUCAGCUCCAGAAGUCGAGGGCCGCGCCGGAGGUGCGGUCCACGGCUGGUUUAUUAUAAUCUUGAUGUUAUUGCUUUUGUCCUAUUCGUGUUCGUUGCUGUUCUUCACGUUUUCAUGUAUGCUUUCAAGUUUCUGUGCUGUAAGAAGAGAUCUCAAUCGAAUAUUAAAAACUCAAAGAAAACAAAUUGAUAUUUUGUUUUAUAUUCUAUCUCCUCAACAGUUUGCACACUACAACUUAUAUAUUUUGUAAUA